CACGUGACCGUAUGCUGCCAACAUGGCGGCGCAGUGCUGAUGUAGCAGCUCUGUACACCUUCACUCUCUGUACGGAGUUCAUUUUUAUGUGAUUUAAUAAUAAAAAAAUAAAAUAAACACGGAGCUUCGUUCAACGAUGACGUUUUGAGACUUUCGAACAAUGCAAAAGCAGACCGAGCACUGUAAAACGAAAAGCAUGUUUCUGUCCCGGGCUCUUGAGAAGAUCCUUUCCGACAAGGAGGUGAAACGAGUCCAGCACUCCCAGCUCAGAAAAACCUGCCAGGUAGCUCUCGAUGAAAUAAAAGUCGAGUUGGAAAAACAAAAAGAUGGCUCAGUGGUUGUGCCCAAAGCCAGCUUUAUCGAAGCGGAUAAGUACUUUCUCCCGUUUGAGUUGGCGUGUCAAUCCAAAUCUCCCCGUAUGGUCAGCACAUCUCUGGACUGCUUGCAGAAACUGAUAGCAUAUGGUCACAUCACUGGGAAUGCCCCAGACAGCGGGGCUCCAGGGAAGAGGCUGAUCGAUCGGAUUCUAGAAACCAUUUGCAAUUGUUUCCAAGGACCUCAGACAGAUGAAGGGGUCCAGCUGCAGAUCAUUAAGGCUCUUCUUACUGCGGUGACUUCUCCCCACAUUGAAAUCCACGAAGGGACCAUCUUGCUGACUGUCCGGACCUGUUACAACAUCUACCUGGCCAGUAGAAACCUCAUCAACCAGACCACGGCCAAAGCCACGCUCACGCAGAUGCUCAAUGUCAUCUUUGCCCGAAUGGAAAGCCAGGCGGCAUUGGAAGCAAGAGAAGACGAAAAGGAGAGACUGAGGCAGCAGCAGUCUCCAGAGAUGCCGUCUGUCUCAGAUUCGCCCAGACUCACUCGGGCACAGCUACCGGAGCAGCCUGACACCCCUGAGACCAGCACACAGCAGGAGAAUAGAGAGCAGGUCAUUGGAGAGCAAGAGAACGGAGAGCAGGGGAACGAAGAGCAGGAGAAGGGAGACUCGGAGCCAGAGAACGGGGCAGUCCAGAACAAGGCUAACUCGGGGCAGGAGGCCAAAUUACCAGAAAAUCCAGAAGCAUCAUAUGAAGAAGAAAGCCAGACUGCGCAGGAUGCUCCGGUGCUAGUGGAGGAGGAUACUGGGACACUGAUGGACAAAGGUUCAGUGGAGCAGCCAGUGGAAAUGGACAUUGAAAAGACUGUUCCAGAAACUGAAAACAAGGACACAGCCCCCUCUGCUGGAAGAACCGAAGCUGUUCAAGCAAACGGCAUCCUUGAUGACCGAGCCUCUGUCUUGUCGGCUGAUAUCCUGGACCCUGAUGCAGUCCAUGGGCCAGCUGCUACUGCCAGAUUCUCUCACAUUUUGCAAAAGGAUGCCUUCCUUGUGUUCAGGUCUCUCUGUAAGCUCUCAAUGAAGCCACUCUCUGAUGGGCCUCCUGACCCAAAGUCCCAUGAGCUGCGCUCGAAGGUCGUGUCCCUCCAGCUUCUCCUGUCGGUGCUGCAGAGCGCCGGGCCAGUUUUCAGAACACAUGAGAUGUUUGUGAAUGCGAUCAAGCAGUAUCUGUGCGUGGCCUUGUCCAAAAACGGGGUCUCCUCAGUGCCAGAUGUGUUCGAGCUCUCCUUAGCCAUUUUCCUAACCCUCCUUUCAAACUUCAAGAUUCAUCUAAAGAUGCAAAUAGAGGUCUUCUUCAGAGAAAUCUUCCUAACCAUACUGGAGACAACUUCAAGUUCAUUUGAACACAAGUGGAUGGUCAUUCAGACCCUAACUAGGAUCUGUGCAGAUGCCCAGUGUGUUGUCGAUAUUUAUGUGAACUAUGAUUGUGAUUUAAAUGCUGCUAACAUUUUUGAACGACUUGUGAAUGAUCUAUCAAAAAUUGCUCAGGGCAGAAGUGGACAUGAGCUUGGAAUGACUCCUCUUCAGGAGUUAAGCUUACGGAAGAAAGGUCUUGAGUGCUUAGUUUCUAUACUGAAGUGUAUGGUGGAGUGGAGUAAAGAAGUCUAUGUAAACCCCAAUCUUCAGGCCAAUCUUGGCCAGGAGAAGCCCCCUGAGCAGGAGAGCACAGAGACUAAAAUCCUGGAAGUGCUGGUCAGGAGGGGCAGUGCAAGCUCCCAGGACUCCACGGUGUCCUCGGGCAUCGGCAGCACCAGCACACAGGCCUCCCUGGCAGACGAUCCAGAGCAGUAUGAGGUCAUCAAGCAGCAGAAGGAGAUCAUAGAGCAUGGCAUUGAACUGUUUAAUAAGAAACCAAAGAGAGGUGUACAGUAUCUGCAGGAGCAGGGCAUGCUGGGAGUAACACCAGAAGACAUUGCCCAGUUCCUUCACCAGGAAGAACGACUAGACACAACCCAGGUGGGAGAAUUCCUCGGAGAGAAUAUCAAGUUCAACAAGGAGGUCAUGUACUCCUAUGUGGACCUGCUCGAUUUCUGUGGCAAGGAUUUCGUCUCGGCUCUGCGGAUGUUCCUUGAGGGUUUUCGUCUCCCAGGAGAAGCUCAGAAAAUUGACAGACUGAUGGAGAAAUUUGCUGCGAGAUAUCUAGAGUGCAAUCAGGGGCAGACCCUGUUUGCAAGUGCAGAUACUGCUUACGUGCUGGCGUAUUCCAUCAUCAUGCUGACCACCGACCUACACAGUCCCCAGGUGAAAAAUAAAAUGACCAAGGAGCAGUAUAUCAAAAUGAACCGAGGAAUUAAUGACAGCAAAGAUCUCCCAGAGGAGAACCUGUCUGCCAUCUACGAUGAAAUAGCCGGCAAGAAAAUAGCACUGAAGGAUUCCAAAGAGCAUUCCAUCACGCCGAAGAACAGCAAGCAGAAUGUUCCAACUGAGAAACAGAGGAGGCUGCUGUACAACCUGGAGAUGGAACAAAUGGCCAAAACAGCCAAAGCUCUGAUGGAAGCAGUAAGCCAUGCACAGGCUCCGUUCACCAGCGCAACUCACCUGGAGCACGUCAGGCCCAUGUUUAAGCUGGCCUGGACCCCACUGCUGGCUGCCUUCAGCGUGGGGCUGCAGGACUGCGAUGAUCAGGAGGUUGCGUCGCUGUGUCUGGAAGGGAUUCGGUGUGCUAUUCGGAUAGCUUGUAUAUUCAGCAUGCAGCUUGAGAGAGAUGCCUAUGUACAGGCUCUGGCUCGCUUCACACUGCUCACAGCCAGUUCCAGCAUCACAGAGAUGAAGCAGAAGAACAUAGACACCAUUAAAACACUGAUCACUGUGGCCCACACUGAUGGAAACUACCUGGGGAACUCCUGGCAUGAGAUUCUCAAGUGCAUCAGCCAGCUUGAAUUGGCUCAACUAAUAGGAACUGGAGUGAAGACGCGCUAUAUCUCUGGUGUCACGAGGGAGAGACAGGGCAGCAUCAGGGGCUUCCCCUCUGGAAGCGAGGAGUUCAUGCCGCUAGGGUUAGGCAGUUUAGUUGGAGGUGGACCUGACAAAAAGCAGAUGGCCAGUAUCCAGGAAUCUGUCGGGGAAACAAGCUCCCAGAGUGUGGUGGUUGCAGUGGACAGGAUAUUUACUGGAUCAACAAGACUUGAUGGAAACGCGAUUGUUGAUUUUGUGCGCUGGCUAUGUGCUGUCUCUAUGGAUGAGUUGGCUUCUCCUCACCAUCCUCGCAUGUUCAGCUUGCAGAAGAUUGUCGAGAUCUCCUAUUACAACAUGAACAGAAUCAGGCUGCAGUGGUCCAGAAUCUGGCAAGUGAUUGGAGAUCAUUUCAAUAAGGUUGGAUGUAACCCUAAUGAAGAUGUUGCAAUCUUUGCUGUGGACUCAUUGAGGCAGCUGUCAAUGAAAUUCUUGGAAAAAGGAGAGCUGGCAAACUUUCGGUUCCAAAAGGAUUUCAUGAGGCCCUUUGAACACAUCAUGAAGAAAAAUAAAUCUCCAACGAUCCGCGACAUGGUGAUUCGCUGCAUUGCUCAAAUGGUAAACUCUCAGGCUGUGAACAUCCGUUCAGGCUGGAAGAAUAUCUUCUCAGUGUUUCACCAGGCAGCAUCGGACCACGACGAGACAAUUGUGGAACUGGCGUUCCAGACAACCGGCCACAUCGUCGUGAGCACCUUUCAGAAUCAUUUUGCAGCUGCAAUAGAUUCGUUCCAGGAUGCAGUGAAAUGCCUGUCUGAGUUUGUCUGCAAUGCUGCAUUCCCUGACACCAGCAUGGAGGCAAUCCGACUGAUCCGACACUGUGCUAAAUACGUGUCCGAUAGGCCGCAGGCACUGAGAGAAUACACCAGUGAUGACAUGAACGUAGCACCAGGAGACCGAGUCUGGGUGCGAGGAUGGUUUCCAGUCCUCUUUGAACUCUCCUGUAUUAUAAACCGCUGCAAGCUAGAUAUCCGGACAAGGGGCCUUACUGUGAUGUUUGAGAUUAUGAAGAGCUACGGACACACUUUUGAGAAACACUGGUGGGAAGAUCUCUUCCGGAUUGUGUUCAGGAUCUUUGACAAUAUGAAGCUUCCUGAGCAGCAAACCGAGAAGACAGAAUGGAUGACAACAACCUGUAACCACGCACUUUAUGCUAUCUGUGAUGUUUUUACUCAUUUCUAUGAGCCGUUAUGCGAUAUCCUCCUUGCUGAUGUCUUUGCACAGUUGCAGUGGUGUGUAAAACAAGAUAAUGAACAGCUUGCCCGAUCAGGUACCAAUUGUUUAGAAAACCUGGUGAUUCUGAAUGGAGAGAAAUUUAGCCCAGGGGUGUGGGAUCAGACCUGCACCUGCAUGCUUGAAAUCUUCAAGACCACCAUCCCGCAUACCUUGUUAACCUGGAGACCAGCAGGACAAGAGGAGGAGCCAGUGGAUAGACACACUGACGUGGAAAUAGACCGUCAGUCUCUGUGCAGUUUCGACAGAAAUCCUUCAGAAAGAGGUCAGAGUCAGGUCUCGAAUACCAGUGAUGAAACCUGGAAAGGAAAAUCAUAUGCAAAAAUCGCAGAUAACAAGCUCUUUUCUGGCCUCCUCAUCAAAUGCGUUGUGCAGCUGGAGCUGAUACAGACCAUUGACAACAUUGUCUUCUACCCGGCAACCAGCAAGAAGGAGGACGCAGAACACAUGGCAGCUGCUCAGAGGGAUGCUCUUGAUGCAGACAUUUGCAUCGACUCACAGGAUCAAGGCAUGUACAGGCACAUGUCCUCCCCACACCUCUUCAAACUGCUGGACUGCCUCUUGGAGUCGCAUACCUUUGCAAAGGCAUUCAACUCCAAUAAUGAGCAGAGGACUGCGCUUUGGAGAGCAGGUUUCAAGGGGAAAUCCAAGCCCAAUCUGUUGAAACAGGAGACUAGUAGCCUGGCUUGCUGUUUGCGUAUUCUGUUCCGAAUGUACAUGGAUGAAAAUCUCAAGGAUUCUUGGAAGGACAUACAAACUCGCCUCCUUAGUGUGUGCAGUGAAGCUCUAUCGUACUUCAUCACCCUCACAUCUGAAAGCCACAGGGAGGCCUGGACCAACCUCCUGCUGCUGCUUCUCACCAGAACUCUAAAGAUUAGCGAUGAAAAGUUCAAAGAGCAUGCCUCCUGCUACUACCCCUUUCUGUGUGAAGUCAUGCAGUUUGACCUGAUCCCUGAGUUACGAACAGUCCUCCGGAGGUUCUUCCUGCGUAUUGGGCUGGUGUUUAAGAUCUCGGCAGCAGACGGGCAGCACAGGGUAGCUGGGACUUAGCAAGGCACAGAAGCGGUUUGCCUGCAUGGGGGAGUGUCAGACCUGGAUUCGCUUGUCCGUUCGAGAGAGAAAUUUGCUACGUCUAGACUGUGAAUUUGAAACUCUCCAGACCCUGAGUUGUCUUGAGAGAUCCAGCUAACAAGCCUUGGUUUCCCCUUAACAAAUACUUUAAAAAAUCUAUAAAAGCAGACUGAUUAUUAUGCUAGCUUUAAGUUGUUGAAACUGUAAUUUAUUUAUUAUUAUAACCAUUUGACAGCAUUGAAAAUUGAUAUAAUCAAAUACAGAAGAAUACCAAGUUAAAGAGAAAGCAAACCUUUUUUCCUCCCAAUGUUUUGCAGUCUAUAACACAACAGUGAAAACCUGAGAGUAAUAAUGACCACAGGUUACAUAGAGAGGGAAUGCAGAACAGUAGAAAAGCCCAAUGCCUAUACAUAAUAUUGCAUUUCUUUGCCCUCGAGGGUUCUCUGAACAUACAUUUUGAUUCAUUUCUAAAGGUUUGAAGUUUUGUUUGCUUCAAAAAAGAAGACCUUUGUGAUCCUGUAGUUAUAAUUAUAAUAAUUUUAAAAAAUGAAUGUACUGUAUAUUGGAUUUAUCAUGGAUUCCAAAAUAAGACAAUCUAUCUCCAUCUGUUGAAAUAGGUUGUAAUAACCAUUCUGUGGGUAAUUGCUAAACUAGAAAUAAAACAUAGGUGAAUAUCCACCUUUUUCAAAGGACUUGCUUUUCUCACCCUUUGACAACUAUUUGGAAGAGCACUGUCAAAGAUGCAUAGAAUGCAUCAGAGCAUAUGCAUCAAAGUACUCCUGCUAGGCUUGUAUGGCAGAUUUUGCAGCUUGCAUUUUCAAAAAAGCAGUGAGCUGGUUGCGUGGGGUGGGAAGGAUUCUUUAUAGAUUGGAAGUGCUUUGCAAAAAACUGUUUUCUGUUUUUGAAAAUUCACACUCAUUAAAUCAUUUCACACAGCUCGGCUUUGUAAAGAACUGGAGUUUGUGUUAACUGUAAAAACUGAAAAAAAAAAACUAAACGAACAUCGUUCUGUAAGUUUGUGCUGUCUUAGACUAUAGUUCAGUACAGAUUGAGGAAUAUAUUGUAUGUGACUUUGAUUUUUUUUUUCUUUUUAUUUAAAUUAUGCUGAAACAAACUUAAACAGAGAACAUGAGAAGGUGGUUAGUUAUUUGUUACAGGAGGUGAGUCUGCAUGUUGUAUGUGCUUCCAUUCCAUGUUCCAUGCGUUCUGUUGAAUAGACAUGGCACUUGCAUUCAUAAAAAACAUUCUAUUUUACAUUUUCAGUGAACCUAGUCUUUCCUGAAGUGUCUUCCAAAACACAGAAGCUGAUAAGUUUUUUUUAUACCCUCUAGUUUCCCCAAAGUUAUGCUACUAUAAAAUACCUGAUGAAACCAACAAUUGGAUAUGCAUUCUUUGUAUGUAGUUGUCCUGGUUUCUGUACAUUGAGUAUUAAGCUGUGUUAGUUUUUCCCAUAACUCAUCCCAUAAGCAAACCAUGCUGUCCAAUGCAAAGUUAAUUUGAUUCAUCUAUACUGUGCUAGGAUAAGCCCCAGCUGGAUUUUUAAAAAAAAAAAUUUUUGAUCAUUUUGUUGCAAUGAUUUUUAGGGGGUAAUCCUGGGAUAACCACAGGUAGGUGGUUUAUCCUGGCAUGAUAAAGAAUUACCAAAGCCACCUCCUAAGUUCUCAAGUAUUGUCUUUUGCUUUCCUUUUCCCAGAAAUUCCGUACAAUUGUACACAUCACCCACAGCUUUCCCAUGCAACUAUUGGAGCAACUGAGUUCAGAGUAAUUGCAAUCAUAAAACAAUGUCAGGAAAUAGUUAAAAAAUAAAUAAAUAAAUACAAAUAUUAAAGUGGCUCUUUAAUAGUGGCAUGUCCUCUUGAAUAGCAGGAACGUCACUGCGAGUCCAUUAGUCAAUAUGAAAAGUGAUUUUAGCACAUUUAAUAUGCAGAUUAUGUUCUCUGUGUCACUUUUAUUCCAUAAAGUGCCUCGGAAAUGUGGGUCCUGUUUUGGUAAUCUGGUAUGUGAGUGUAUUCCAUUCCAUGUGUGUGUGUUGAUUCAUUAAAGAAACCUUCACUUUUUAUAUUUAUUUUAGAUUUUAAGUCUUGAAACAGAUGGGUGAAAUGUAUACACCUGCAUUUCUCAAAACGUUUUUUUUUUUUAUUAUUGAUUGCAUUCCUUUGAUCCAAUGUAAAUGAACACACUUUUCUGCAAUUUGUCACACUGAUAAAGGCAAAUCGCUGUGAUGUUUUUGCACUUUACUCAGUUUCUGUUUGUUGUAUUGUGAUUUUAGGGUUAGUGUUUGGAUUGGAUUUUAUCCUCAGGAUUAAGUAGUACAACUCCCUUAAAGUACUGUAAAGUUGCUGUUAGUACAUUUUCAGAGCGGUGCAGUGAAGUAAGUAUUUAAUUUGUUAGGUACUGCAGAAAACCAACUUUAUUACAGACAGUUCCAACACCCUACCUUGUUAAAAUUGCUUUGGUAAGAAGUAACAUUAUUUCUAGAUGAAGGUCAUUUUUAAGACAUGAGGCAUAGAUUGUACCUUUUUCUCUGAUUUGUUUUUGCUGUUCGUUCACCUUCAUUUUCCCUUAUUUGUUGCUGUAUUUAGGAUUUAAUGUCUAGCCUACAAUCCGAAGACAUUGUGUAAAUAGCUUCAAAUGUUAUUUUAACAUUCUGAUGUUUGUAAGAUUUUUACAUUGAAAAGAAGGUGGGCCCAGCAAAAGACCUUUCACUAGGGAAGGAGGUCUUCAAAGCCGGGAAAGUUAGCAGCCCACGGCCAGCAGUGAAUUUUGCUUAUGGAGAAAAUGAUUGCACCUCAAUACUGAACUACAAAAGAAACUGAUUUAAAGUAGAUUUUGAAGCUAUUUGUUCUUUAAGUUUAGAAGUCCAUGGUUAUAAUAGGUAUUUUACGCCUGCAUGGUGAUAUAGCCUGCAACUUUCAAUCUGGCAUGAGAUACUGUGGUGAGAAUCAGAUCUCGAGGACGUUUGGCCGAGUACAGUGCAUUGGAUUUGAAACUUCUAUAGAACAGCUAUUGGCUGGUGACAAAGAUCCCAUUGCCUUGCACUGUUGAAUCCUCCUAAGAAUAAAACGGUUUGGAGAAGUGUUAAACCCAUUUACAGAACCAGCCUGCAGAACUUGCCACAAUGCUGCAUAUAUGCUUGGAAUACUUUUACCCUUGAUAUAGCUAUCUUGUUCUGCGUAUCAUUAUGUAUGAUUUAGUAAUGAAUAAGUACUUUUUUGUAAACUAUGAUCUCUGUAUUACAAUAAAGUGCUUUUAAAUAUUCAUUUUGAGAAGCAUUCCAUGCAACUGUGGAUGUAUACAUUUUUGGAAAUAUAUAUAUAAAUAUAUAUAUAUAUGAAAAAAAACUGUAAAGUUUAAUGUAAAGUAAUUAUUCUAUAUAGAAAAUACUGUUGUAAUCUUUCAUGCUUCAAUCCGGCAAUUAAUCAAUAAAGUUUUAAAGCGCA